AUGCUAGCAACUAAGGAGUUGAUUUUAUGGAUUGUCCUAGGAAGCUUUAUUUGCACGAUCGCUACUGAAGAAGUUGAAGCUACGACUACCCUGUUCGAAGGUCAAAACCUCACCACAACUUCCCCCACUACACCGAGUACAACUUUCUCCAGCACCACCACUAGCUCAUCCUUCCCCUCGUCGAAAGCAACCACAAAUGCUAGUGCACCGACAGUUCCUAUCUUGGCACGAGCCAACGUCAUCUCUAGCACCUCUACCAUCAGAAGUAUCAUCAGCACAACCACCGCCGGAGCGACGACAAAACCUUCGGCAAAGCGUCAGAUUAGCUUGAAUGAGUUCCAACAGCUGGUGGCAAAGGUUAACGAUGAGAUAAGCAUGCUACGCAACCAGUCGGCCAACCUUUCCCAAACGUACGAAGAGCUGAUACGAAGAUACAAUGAGCGAACGGCACAGAUCCCGAUCGUACUGUACGAUGUGACUGAAUGUUCUAACAGCACUACGCUGCAGGAAGCUAGCACAACUCAGGCUAUCUACACAGAGAGCACUGUCGGGUCGUCUACGAUUUUAUCGGAUGUUACUAAUGCUUCUGUCACAACAGCAAGAGCUACCACCGCUACGGACACCACAGUUACUACAUCUACUACGAUUGCACCCACCAGUGCUAAGACAGCUCCAGAGCAUUCAACGCAAAAGAUUACCCAACCGGAAACUUCUUCAGAUCGGACUACAAAUCUCGAAACAGCACCUCAGAACUCAGGAUCUUCUCUUACACAAAUCUACGGUAAUAAGUACUACAACUAUGUACACUACUUCAUGUAUCCACCUGGCGAGACCCAGCUCGAAGAAAUCAAUAAUCCACCCCACGUUAACAAUCGACGAAAGGGUGGAAAUGAUUCGCGGAAUGUUGCACCAGUAAAGCAACGCAAGCAGGUUCCAUAUCUGAAAAGAAACAAAUGGCAAGCCGAUUCGCGGGAAGAAUCGGAAGAGCUCGAACUGGAUGUGGAACAAUCGUCUGCUACUUUCCGUAGACGACCGCAGGCGUCAACGGGUGAGAAUAGAAUCAAUCUUAGACCGAGUUCAAUAGAGUCAAAACUACCCUUUGGAGGUUCGCUUCCUGCGAUCGGUGGACCGUACCGUUUGGGUGACUCCUUGCCAAGAAAACCAUUCACAUCACCUAGCUUGGUUCCACCUUCGAAGAUAUUACAGUAUCCCUUCGUAGAAGAACGAAUUCCACCGAGAGUUUUACCUCGGGAAGAAAAUGUUGCAUCCCUUUCGGAAAAUCAAAAGCAAGUACCACCGGAAGCAGCACCCAGAGCACAAGUCGAUAAAAUUGCCGCCUUUUUAGAACGUCGAAGCAUCAACCGUAAUGGUCCCACUCAGCGAACAACGAUACCUUCGGCUAGACAAAUGACUUCCUCAACAACCGUCACUAGAGCACCCGUAACACCGCCAUCGCUCGACAGUAUAUUUUCGUUCAGUAUGAAACCGGUGAACUAUUCGAUACCGACCACCGUGAAACCACGGACCGGAUUCGUACGCAACGGUUGGGAUGGAUACGAUUUUUCCUUCGUACGCAAGGCGCAGGAAGCAAAGAAACGGCUGCAGAGAGAGGAACGAUCAUCGCCACUGGACAUGCGUGACUUAUGA